AUGAGUGAUUCUGGGGACGAAAUUGCUAGACGAAUCAAAGAGCUAGAACUUGAAAACAUCCAACUCAAAUCGAAAAUACGAGACUAUGAAGAAGAUCGCAAUCAACAAGUUUUUGAAUCAAAAGCAAAUUCUGAAGUUGAAGAUCAUCUCUCAUUAAAUGAAUAUGAAAGAUAUGGACGUCAAAUGAUAGUUAAAGAAUUUGGCUCAAGAGACGGCCAAAUCGAGCUCAAAAAAUCUAGCUUCCUAGUAAUUGGUGCAGGUGGAUUAGGAUGUCCUUUAUUGCUAUACUUAGUUGCAGCAGGAGCAGGGAGAAUUGGUAUAGUUGAUAAUGAUGUCGUUGAUAUAAGCAAUUUACACAGGCAAGUUUUACAUAAUACAGAUAAUGUUGGAAUGUUUAAAUGCGAUUCUGCUAAGAUGUACCUAUCCAAGUUAAAUCCGCAUGUCACUAUUGAAUCGUAUCCUAUCAGACUCUCAAAUGAGAAUGCAUUUAGUUUAAUAGAAGAAUAUGAUAUUAUAUUGGAUUGCACAGAUACGCCUGCGACUCGAUAUCUUAUCAAUGACGUUUCUGUUAUAUCAGGGAAGACUAUCAUUAGUGGUUCGGGCCUCAGAUCAGAUGGACAACUCACCAUAUUGAAUUUUAACAACAAAGGUCCCUGUUAUAGGUGCUUUUACCCAUCUCCACCUUCUCCCGAAUCCGUCACGAAAUGUUCUGAUGGUGGUGUCAUCGGGCCGGCUAUUGGAUUGAUAGGUGUUCUGAUGGCUUUAGAAGCAAUUAAAGUUGCCACUAAAUAUUACACAGACGAGACUUUUUCGCCGUUUCUUUCAUCUUAUUCUGGUUAUCCACAACAACAGUUGCGUGUUUUCAAAAUGAGAUCACGAAAGAAGGAUUGUCUCGUUUGUGGGGCUUCCUCGGCGAUAUCUAAGAAAGCCAUCUUAUCUCGUGAAAUAGAUUAUGCUGCUUUUUGCGGAUCGUAUAAUACGAAUGUCUUAGAUGAUCAGUUUAGAAUAAGUGCAAAGGACUUUUAUAGCCUAGAUAAGUCGAGGUCAACUCUAAUUGAUGUAAGGCCAGAUACCCAGUUUGCUAUCACGAAGCUUAAUGGGUUUGUUAAUAUACCCUGGGAUUCUACUUUUAAAAAGCUUGACACCUUACAAGUUGAUCUUCCCGGCGUGAAGAAGGAUGAUCCGAUUUACGUUGUGUGCCGUUAUGGAAACGACUCUCAGUUAGCAGCCAAAAAGCUCCUUGCUGAAAUGGGUUAUUCCAAUGUUAAGGAUAUUAAAGGAGGAUUAAACAAGUGGAGUGAAGAGGUCGAUCCAAAAUUUCCUAAAUACUAG